CCCACAUCACAUUGCCACGCUGCCUCCGGGUCCCUCUGUCAUCCCUCUGCCCCAGGCAUCGCUCCCCCCGGCUUAGUAGCGCCUGCAGAUUUAAAUCACUGACCCCUCUUUCCAAAAGGAACCCCGUGAACCCCGCUUUCCUCACCAACGCCUUUCGCCUGCUAACGUCCCUAAAGAUGUGUGUGGAUGUUGGCUUAUUCUUUGCUUCGUAGCCUAAACUGUUGUGUGGCGUUAUGUGUAGCUGUUCCCCAGCUGCCUCGCCCCAGAGGUGGCUGCAUCUCUGCGCCAGAUCAGCCCUUCCCGAACACCAGACCCUUGACACUAGGAGAAGGCAGUGCCAGCUCUAGGCUGGGCUGAGGGCACUGGCAGAGGGGCAGGUUCUCACCCACGCUCUCUCCCACAGAUCCGUGCCCCCCCAUGGCCGGGCCAAACCGGACAGAGGUUACUGACUUCCUCCUUGUGGGCUUCUCCUCCCGCCGAGACCUAAGUCUGCUCCUCUUCUCGCUUGUGCUGCCUGUCUUCCUGCUGGGCCUGGCGGGGAACCUGGGCCUGGCGGUUCUGAUCCGGGCCGAGCGCUCCCUCCACACCCCCAUGUACUACUUCCUCAGCCACUUGGCGCUACUGGACCUCUGCUCCUGCUGUGCCGUGGGCCCCGUCAUGCUGUGGGGUCUGCUGGCUGGCCAGGCCGCCCUCCCCGGCCCAGCCUGCGCCCUUCAGAUGUUCCUCUUUGCCGCUGCUGCGGAUGCCGAGUGUUGCCUGCUGGCCGUCAUGGCCUACGACCGCUACGCCGCCGUCUGCCGCCCGCUGCACUACCAGGCCGCCGUGCCGCCCCGCCUCUGCCGCGGGCUGGUGCUGGGCUCCUACGCGGCCGGGGCGGCCAGCGGGGCUGUACACUCCGGCCUGGCCUUCCGCCUUCCCUUCUGCCGCAGCCGCGCCAUCAACAGCUUCUUCUGUGACAUCCCACCUGUGCUGGAGCUGGCCUGCGCCGACACCAGCCUCAACCAGGCCCUGCUGCUGGCCAUCUGUGGAGCCAUCCAGAGCGUCACCCUGCUGACCAUCCUGGCCUCCUACGGGCUCAUCCUCGGGGCCGUGGGGCGGGUGGGCUUGCGCCGGGCUGCCUCCACCUGCGGCUCCCACCUGGCAGCUGUGGCUGUGCUCUACGGGACCCUCAUCUUCAUGUACCUGCGGCCUGAAGGCAGCUACGCUCCCGAGGCCGACAAGAUGGCCGCUGCCUUCUAUACCGUGGUCAUCCCCACCCUCAACCCUGCCAUCUACAGCCUGCGCAAUGCUGAUGUCAAGGCGGCCCUGGCCACGUGGCUCCUGGGUGGGCGCCGCAUCUGGGGGGGCUGAGGAAGGGGCUGGAGGAGGGGUGGCCAAGGGAAGGGGAGAUGGGUCAAGAUGGCUGCUUAAGGUCUGCCACGGCAUUGGUGCAGUGCUUCAGUGUAGACGCAACCUACUCCGAUGGGUGGGUGAAGGUAAUGCACCUCCCAAGGAGGCGGUAGCUAGGUCUUACGGAGUAUUUCUUCCAUCAACCCAGUGCUGUGUACACAUCUCUCUGGGGUGUGGCUUUUUCACACCCUGGAGCGACAUCGCUGGGUCGACCAACUUCUUAGAGUAGCCCAGGUCUCAGUACAUAAGAACGGCCAGACAUGGUCAGACCAAAGGUCCAUCUAGCCCAGUAUCCUGUUUUCCGACAGUGGCCCAUGCCAGGUGCCCCAGAGGGAAUGAACAGAGCAGGGAAUC